AUGCCACCCACCCGAAGCACGAGGGCUGGGAUACUGCCAGGUUGCCCAAGUCUAGAUAGGGGAAGUCGAGGGGCAGAGGUCGGGUUCGAACCACGGACCUUGCAGUCAGCACCCUAUCGGUACCUAGCUGUCAUUCGAAGGCAAGGAGGCAUGAGGGGUGGUAUACUGUCAAGUUUAUCAAGCCUAGAUAGGAGCAGUCGAGAUGCUGAGGUUGGAUUCGAACCACAGAUCUUCCGGUGCGGAUGUAUGGCCAAAUUCGUCGGAAUAACCUCGGAAUGCCAGUGCGCAUUGAAACAUCUUGAUCAUACUUCGCAUCUCCACUUAACCACCAGUGAGACAGCCACGGGACAGCCACGCUCGAUGUCACAAAUCACGUUGCCUGCUGACGUAUCCUGUAUCGAUCCUUGUGGCGGUGGUGGUGGUCACGACCUAACCAGUGAAGAAAUUGUAACAGUGUAUCACAUCCUGUGA